GUACUUUUUUUCUGUGAAAAUCAGUUGGUAGUUAUGCACACUAAAAUGAAUAAUGGUGUUUUUAGAAAUAUGAAAAAAACAGUGUUGCACAUUUUUCUAUAUUAAUAUUCAUCGUAAUUGUAUUUAACAAUGGAAAUUAAAGUGAUUUUUAUAAGCGUUCAUUAGUGUUUAUUAGUUAUCUCUUAUUUGUGUAAAUUUUCAUGUCACAUAUUAAACGGGAUGUAUUUAAUAUGUUUAUAAACAUUUCUUUUAAGAAACAUAUAAAAUAUUUUCAUUUAAUAAAUAAUAAUUUCAAUAAAUUUUCUCAAAUUUGAAAAUAUUUAUAUCAACAAGAAAAAGACAAAAGAGAGUAUUUCAAAAUGGGACGAUACACGGGAAAGAAAUGCCGCCUUCUCACAAUGUUGUGGUUGACGACAUUUUUCUUUUUGGUAGAGAUAAUUGUAGGAUAUGUGACUAAUUCAAUGGCUUUAAUAGCUGAUAGUUUUCAUAUGUUAUCCGAUGUGGCUGCAUUAGUUGUUGCGUUUCUUUCUGUAAAGAUGUCACCAAAGAAAUGGUCAAAAAAUACGUUUGGAUGGGCCAGAGCGGAAGUUUUGGGAGCCUUAGUGAAUGCUGUGUUUUUAGUAGCUCUCUGUUUUAGUAUUACAGUCGAAGCAUGUAAAAGAUUUAUUGAAGCUGAAGAGAUUCAUCGAGCAGAAUUGCUUGUUGCUGUAGGAACUCUUGGUUUGGUCGUCAACAUCGUUGGCCUUUGUUUAUUUGCAGAGCAUUCAAGUGGACAUGGACAUUCACAUGGAUUGUCCAGAAGUCAUAAUAGAUUAAGUACACUUGUCAGUACAGAUGACAAUGAAAAUGAUGAAUCGUUUCAGCAUUCAAGGUCACCUAAAAAGAGAGCACAUGGUCAUUCUCAUGAUGCAAGUCAAAUGAACAUGCGAGGAGUUUUUCUUCACGUUCUUUCCGAUGCUCUUGGAUCUGUAAUCGUUAUUGUUUCAGCUCUUAUUGUAUGGCUUACAAAGUGGAGCUAUAGAUAUUAUAUGGAUCCUGCUUUGUCCUUAUUACUUGUCAUUCUCAUUCUAAAAUCUGUGUGGCCCUUGUUACAAGAAUCUGCGUUGAUUCUACUUCAAACGGUGCCUACACAUAUCCAGGUUGAUGCUAUACAGCAGCGAUUAUUAGAAAAUGUAGAUGGAGUUUUAGCUGUACAUGAAUUUCACGUUUGGCAGUUGGCUGGUGAUCGUAUCAUCGCUUCUGCUCACAUUCGUUGUCGUAAUCUUUCAGAGUAUAUGAAAAUUGCUGAGCAAGUCAAAGAAUUCUUUCACAAUGAGGGCAUUCAUUCAACCACGAUACAACCAGAAUUUAUAGAUUAUCAAAGUAAUAGUGAAAUAAAGGAAACUCCUACAGAAGACUGUGUAUUGGAUUGUCCAAAGACUGACAAACCUUGUAAUCAUGCAACUUGCUGUGGUCCAUCAAAACAGGGUCGCGAAACACCUUCUCCAGUAGAGACGCCGUUCAUGUGUAGGCAGAGGAAUAGUUUGGCACGUUCGGCGACCUGCGUCGAUGCAACAGAACAACAAGAAGUCAAUGAAAUGGAACGUGGACAUUUAUUAUCACCACCAGGUUUUCAUCUUUCCGUCCAGCUGCCUCAUAUACCACUUCCAUCUGCGCCUCCUUCAACUUAAUAUUAUCUUAUUGAUACUCUACCUCCACUACCGAAAUCUCGCGGACCAAAUCAGUUUUAUUUUUGCUACUUUUCAGAUUAAGAGCAUUGUUGUUUUAGAUGCCUUUUUUUUUUUAAAUUCAAAUGAAUCAACAUCUAAGAUGUUGUAAUUACGUAGAAAUUUAUCAACGUGAUAUUAAUGAGAUUCUGUAAUUUUGUCUUAAGUCUCGUAAUCACGUUACAAUUUUUCUUUCUUAAUUUGCAAUACAAUUUUUUUUAAAAACAAAUUCAUAAAAAGAGACAACACUUUUUUACUAAAAAGUUUUUUUUUCUUUUUUUUGAUAAGUUUAAUAAAUAAAUUUUUUUUUACAGCAGCUCUAAAAUAACUUUUGCGCAACAUUAGAAAAGUAGAGCUGUAAAAUUAAUUAUUAAAUUUUUUUUUUUCAAUUCUGAUCAUUGUUUUUCUUAUUGAAUUACAUGAUAAUUUUUUUUUUUUUGUUUUCAUGACAAAAAUCAAAAUACUUCCAAAAUAAAAUUUUACAAUUUUUCAAGAGAAUUUCGGUCUGCUGUGUACAAAUAACGAUAAACUAAUAAAAUUAUUUGUGAAUGAUCUUUACAUUUGAAGCCCAAUAUUCGAAGGUAAACGUAAUCGAUUAAAAUAUUUUAAUGUUCUAUUUUAUGGAUUAUUAAUUUUUCAAAUAGCAUCAGAAAUUUAAUGUUUUUCAUAAAAAAAAAAAAAAAACGAAAAUUGUAAUUCAAUUUUUUUCAGGGAAUAUUUAUAGUAUUUCUUGUGCUAUUUGAGUAAUAAUAAAAUUUUGUACCGUAUCAAUUUUAAUUAUCUGAUUAUUUUUUAGUUUUAUAAUAAUCAGCUAUAAUGUAAAAUUAUUUUCAUAUUUGAAAAUUUUUUAAAAAUUGAUACUAAAUCGAAUACGUAUUGUUUUCCGUGCAAUAAAGAAAAGGUUUUUAUGUGGCUUUCAAAAUUAUUGCUUGAGUUCUUAAGAUUUUCAUAAUUUUUUUUUUUUAAUUUCUUUUUCAUUAAGCACAUUUAUUACCUAAUAAAAUAAAAAAAAAUUUAUUUAUAAUUGAUGUGAUUUGUUUCUUUUUUUUUUUUCUUGGUUCUAUUAAAACUGUAAUUAUUCGAUUUUUUUUUAAUGAACGAUUAGCCAGAUGAUUUUAAUAUGUAUUCUCUUGAUAAUUACGAAUAUUUAAAUUGAAAAAUUAUGAAACUAAAUACAUAAUUUUGUUGUAACUUAAUUUUUUUACCCAUGAAAAAUAAAACUACUUUGAAACUAACAUUCCCUAUAGUGAGAUUUUGUUUAAUUUUCAGAAAAAAUUAAAAAAUUUUUUAAAAAUUUUUUUAAAAAUGUAAUUGAAAUUUAAUUAAACGUGUCUUUUAAAUUAAUAUAAAGUAAAAACUCACAAAGAUUUGUAAAAUUAAAUUUUUUUUUUUUUUUGAAAUGUUUGAUAAAUUAGAUGAUUUUUAUUUUCGGAUUCCUAAUUCACAUGAAAACUUAUCAAAAUCAUUUAGCUGAUAAAUCACAUUGGAAGAUUAAUGUUAAAAAGUGUAAUUUAACUUUUUCUUGCUUAUUUCUUAAUGAAAAUAAUUAAUUUUUCUAAAUUAUCAAAAAAAAAGAAAACCUAAAAUAUCGCAAUACUAAUAGAAAAAAAACUAUUAUUUAAGAAAAUUAAAAAUUUAGUUUAUGCACGAAAUAUAAAUAUUUAAAUUCAAGAUAAUUAGAUGAUUUAUUUGGCAUUUAAAAAAAAAUAAAUAUCUGUCUCGGAUUUCUUCUAUUAAACGAUAUUACAAGGAUAAAUUUCAUAAUACAUUGCAGAAAAUUUUUCCUGAUAUUAAUGUAUGAUUUUUACAUUCAUCAAAGUCUUUUAUGAAAAUUGAGCUUUUUAUUUAAAAAUUAAAAAUUUUUAAUUUAACCGAAAAUAAUAUGAAUUUGGGCAUUUUUAUUAAUUAUUAAUGUAAGUGCAAUUUUAUCGAACAAUAAUUAACAUUUUACAAUAAUAUUUACAAAGUAGGUAACAUUUUUUUCGGAUUUUUAAAAAUUUUAAUUCGUUUUUAAAGAGUUCGAUUUUUGAUAAUAAUUUUGAUUUACAGGCAAAUCGUGAAAAAAAAUUAUUUUCCAAAGCAUUGUGAAAUUACUUCUUGUAGUAUUUUUAAAAUUUUUAAUUCAAUUAAACAAAAAAAAUAAAUAAAUUUUAUUAUCUUAUACGAAAAUUGUCAUUUAACAAUUAAAUUGAUUUUGAUAGCCAAAUAUUUCACUGUUUGCAGUUUUCGCUGUUGAUAAGACUCAAUAAUAGAAGAAGUUAUUGAGAAGCGAUGUUAAUACUGCAUUUUGUACAUAAUAAUAGAACAAUUAUUCGUAUUUAUAAAUAAAAAUUUUUGUCAAUGAAAAUAAAUUGUUUCUUUAAUGUCAGAAACAAUUUUUCAUAUAGUAUUAAUUUAUUAUUUAGAGCUUUAAUGUAGUUAUAGAGCGCGAUCGUCUCGAUAAGAAAAAAUAAAAGGAAAAAGGCACUUGAUUUAAAAAAACAAAUAUCGAUUUUCACUCAAAAUUAAUUUUUGACUUAUUAUUAAAAUUGUUUUGCAAAAAAUGAUUUUAAUUUGUGAAUAGAUUUUCUCCGAACUUUCUUUUAUUCAAAUUUGAAUUCACAAAUAUCAUUUAAUACAUUUAAUUCACAAAUAUGUCAAUUAAUAAAAUUUUUUAUUGUAAAUUUCGUAAGAAUUAACUUUUUUAUAUAGAAGAAAUUUUAAUGACAUUUUAACUACAACUAAUUAUUUAAACAUUUAAAAUAUAUAAAUAAUUUUUUAAUAGCAUAGUAGCUUAAUAAAUAGAAAUGAAUAAAAAGUAAAUUUUUUCAAUAAAUACUGAUAAAUAAUAGAAAUUAAUUUACAUAGAAAAUCGAAAGUGCCUUAUUCCUUGUAAUAUUAUUUCUGGAUUAAAAAUUUAUAAUAAAAUGUAAUUUAUGUAAAAUACAGGUUUACUAUAUUUCACGCCAAAACGUAUCACAAUUUUUGCAUAUGGCCUAUCGAAGGUCUAGCGACUCAAUUUUUAAUUGUCGACAUUUUUGGAUUUUAAUUAAAAAAUUUGUAGGUAUUACAUAUUUAUAUAUAUAAAAUUAAAAAUAAGUUUAUACUUUAAGGCGAUUAUUACAUUUUUUUGUAUUUACAGGGUUUAAAAUUCCUUUUUUUUUAAUUUUAUAAAUCUCUGAGAGAAAUAAAUAAAUUUAAUUAAAUUUAAUAUUUACUAUCAA